AUGCAUCUCUGCCUCAUGGCGGCACGCAGCACACACAUGACAUACCUGGAGCACAACGGCCAGCAGCUCUGGGACGAUACGCUCAUGAUGACGGUCCUGCCGCUGGCCAAGAUUGGUCUUGUCUUCGACCGGCCGCACUAUGUGGCCGGGGCCAAGGGGCAGUUUCCGCUACACAUCCAGUACCUGUUCGACGCGAAGACGGGGCUGUUUUCCCACGGGUGGACGUUACACGACGACCGACAUCAUUUUGCGGGAGCCCGCUGGGCCAGGGGCAACAGGGGGUUGACGAUUGAGAUCCCCGAGUUUAUCGAGCUAUUGGAUCUGGACAGGUCAAAUGUUUCCGAGGAGGAUGGGUCAUAUGGCGAGUCCAGUGCCACUGCUGGCCUCGCAUUCGGCUUGUUAAAGGGCCAGCGGAAACGAUAUAUUCAGGGAGAGUACCAGUAUGUCGCGUUGAAGGCUGUGCGAGGCGUGCUUGAGAACAUCAGUCCCGACGGCCGGUUGCAGAAUACUUCUUUUGGAACGGGCAUGGGGUCGGAUUUGGAGUUUUAUAAGGAGAUUCCAAUCACGCCUAUGCUUUACGGGCAAGCCAUGGCGAUACUGGCGUUGGUUGAGUUGUUAAACAUCUUCAUCUAG